GUUAUGCGGACAACUUCGACAAGCGGGUCAACAGCUUCAAGGACCUUGCGUACUUCGCCCAGUACGUCACAGACUGGUGCUCUGCGAGCCUAAAGACCUGCAGUCUUUGUUGGUCCCCCACCCGGGGCGUCUUCGCGCAAAUGGAGUGCGUGCAGAAGGCAGACCAGGAGCGGGUGAUCAGCAAGUUGAUGACCGAGCUCUAUGGUGGCAAGCGGCUGUCGGUCUCCUCGGUGGCCGGCGGGGACUACCAGGGCGUGGUGGAGAAGUCCUACCGCGUGGACUGGUCCGUGGUGGCGUCCGAGGCGGCGGUGGCGGGCAUCGAGCAGAAGGAGGCGGUGAAGCUGGAGAAGCUCGAGAAGCUGGCCAGAAAAGCGGCAGAGAAGAUGGAGAAGAAGAAGGAUAAGAAGGAGAAGAAAGACAAGAAGGAGAAGAAAGAGAAGAAGGGCAAGAAGGACAAGAAGGACAAGAAGAAAAAGAAGGACAAGAAGAAGGAGAAGAAAAGCAAAAAGGACAAACAGGACAAGAAGGAGAAAGCCCCGAAGAGCCAGCCGAAGGUGCAAGAAGACACCAUAGCGAGCCUCCCCGAGCCCGAGUCCAGCGAGGAGCCGAGUUCGGAGGUGGCCCCGGAAGGCCGGAGAUUCGCCUGGGAGACGUCGUCUUCCUCUUCGGAGCCGCCGCCGCCCAAGAAGCGCAAGGAGGUGGACCUCAAGUCAUUCGGACCCAUGGCGGCUCUGGCCGGCUCGGACGAAUCCUCGUCCUAG